AUGUAAUAAACUAAUGUACAUCCAUAAGUGCUGCUGAGCAUUUCUUCAUAAAUCUUAACUAACAAAGUCAAUUUCCCUGGCAAGAACAUCCAUGCUGGUAUAUUGCUGGGCUUUUUCAAUGCAAAAAUAAAUAAGACAGAUAUUUUGGAUUCAUUUGAGAUUAGCUAUUCAGGCAAAGGGGAAUUGAAACCGGGGGAGAUUGAUUUUUUAAAGGAAAGAUAAUAAUUAAGAUUGAAAGGUGAUAAAUGGAAUCUCUUUAAAAAUUUGGACAUUGUAGGCUGGUAUAUUACAGAUAGCAAUCCACAUGAGUAUCUGAAAGUUCAUAAGUAAUUGCAAACCUUGAGUGAAGCUGAAAGUACAGAAAAUUAAACAUCAUUCUUUAAAUAUUUAUUGUGCUUUGAUCCAUAUAGUACUUAAGCAAAUUUAUAUGAAAUGGAGGAAAAUAAAAUGUAGGUAUCAUAAAGUAAGGUUGAACCCCAAUCAGAAGAGAUGAUUGGUAUCACAUCCUUAUUUUCAUAAUAAUCCUCUUAAUCAAAAAAAAAAUAUGACUUAAGAGUUAAUUCAUAACUCUAAAUGAUUAGUUUUUUAGAAACUAUGUUACAAAAAUUAUUAUAACAAUUAGAUCAUCCAUAAAUUGCAAAUGAUCCCUUGGCUUUAUUAAAGAUUAAUGAAGUCUUGAUUUCAUUUCCUUAGAUCAAUCAAUAAAAUAUUGAAUAAGACUAUUUUAAGCUAUUAAUAAUCAGCUAUUAUUGUGCAAUUUUAAAGUUGGAUGUAACAAGAAAUAAACAGGAUUGA